AUGAGGAGGAAAGGGAGAGAGGGGGAUGAGGAGGAAAGGGAGAGAGGAGGAAAGGGAGAGAGGGGGAUGAGGAGGAAAGGGAGAGAGGGGGAUGAGGAGGAAAGGGAGAGAGGAGGAAAGGAGGGAUGGAGGGAUGAGGAGGAAGGAAAGAUGGAGGCCUGCAGGAAGGAAGAGGAGAUGAUGGAGGGGUGGAGAAGUGGAAAGAUGGAGAUGAUGGAGGGAGAAGAAAUCAUCGUGGAGAGUAAGGCUGUGACUGUGAAGAAAGUCUCUCCUCACCCAUCCACGAUGGAGAUGGUGAAGGAGGCACUGAUGGUGCUGGACCAGCGGAAGGGCGUGUCUGUUCAGGCCAUCCGUGGCUUCAUCAAGCAGACGUACACAACGGUGGAUGAGACGAGGCUGAAGAUGAUGCUGCGCAGAACCCUUCUUAAAGGACUCGAGUCUGGAAUCUUUGUGAGACCUGCGAACUCAACGAUGACUGGUGCUCAGGGUCGCUUCAGACUUGCUGUUAGAAAACCACAACCAGUGAAGAGCAAAGAGGCUAAAGGGAGCACGAACCCAAUCAACAAGGAUAACGGACCUAAAGCUAAGGCUGAGGCUGUGAAGACAAAGAACACAAAGCCUGCUGCUGUGGGGGGAAACAAACCCAAGAAGACCAAUGCCUUGGCUUCCAAAGUGGCUCCAGCCAAGAAGCCCAAAGCCAAGCGAGGAGCUGGAACAUCAUCUGUGGAUCCAGAACCCAAAACUCAAACCUCCAAAGCUUCAAAGGGUGAGGGCAGAGAGAAGGCUGGAGCCAAGAAAGAAGGAAAGGUGGCUCAGAAAGCUGAAGGUUCUGAUGACCCAGGAGUAAACCUGGUGAAGAAAGAGGCCCAGAAACCUGAAGGUGGAAAUGAGGCUGAAGUGACUGUGCAGAAAAAGGGAGGAAAGAAAGCAGAUGAUGGAGAGCAAAAUGGCAGCAGAACAUCAGAGAAGAAAGGCAAGAAGGUGGUGGAGAAAUAG